AUGGAUGUCAGAACCUGGUUCGCACAACCUGACGGCGCUAAGCUCAACUUCUGUGUCGCCAUAGUGAUGAAGAACGUCUGGGGAACUGACCAGUGGUACGACGAGUCCUGCACUGAACGAGCCACAAGGUCCUUCAUCUGCAAGCGGGCGGCCGAACGAGUGAACCGCUCGGGAGACACAAACGAAUGUGCCUCUGGAAAUGGCGGCUGUGCGCAGACUUGCACAAACUACAUCGGGAGUUUUCAAUGUUCCUGUGGUGUUGGCUACAACCUGAAUUGGGAUGGGAAGUCGUGUGACGAUGUGAAUGAGUGCGCCUCUGCUAACGGUGGUUGUGCGCAGACUUGCACGAACAACUUUGGGAGUUUCUACUGUUCUUGUGGGACUGGCUACAACCUGAAUUUUAAUGGGUUGUCGUGUGACGAUGUGAAUGAGUGCAACUCUGCCAAUGGCGGCUGUGCACAGACUUGUACGAACAACAUCGGGACUUUUCAGUGUUCCUGUGGAGUUGGCUACAGCCUGAAUGGCAAUGGCCUCUCCUGUGACGAUGUGAAUGAGUGCAACUCUGCCAACGGUGGCUGUGCGCAGACUUGUACGAACAACAUCGGAAGUUUUCAGUGUUCCUGUGGAACUGGCUACAACCUGAAUGCCAAUGGGUUGCUUUGUGACGAUGUGGACGAAUGUGCCUCUGCUAACGGAGGGUGUGACCAGACAUGCACAAAUGAUAUAGGGAGUUUUCAGUGCUCCUGUGCGUUCGGUUAUAACUUGAAUGGUGACGGCCUUGCUUGUGAUCGCGUGGAGUGCCCGCUUCUCACAGCUCCUACAAACGGAGUGAUGACUGGAUCAAAUUUCUAUCAAGACGUGGCAUCGUUUACGUGCGAUUCUGGAUACUACCUUGACGGAAACUCUGCAAUAAAUUGCCAAGCUGACGCCACGUGGAGUGGGGCCGUCCCAACAUGUCCACCCGUGCCAUGCCCGGUGCUGACAGCCCCUGUAAACGGUGCAAUGACUGGCUCCCAUUUCUACCAAGACGUGGCAGCGUUCACCUGCGAUUCUGGAUACUACCUUGACGGAAACUCUGCAAUAACUUGCCAAGCUGACGCUACUUGGACCAAGGAGUGCCCGCUUCUGACAGCACCUUCAAACGGUGCAAUGACUGGGACCAACUUCUACCAAGACGUGGUUGAGUUCACAUCCAAGGAGUGCCCUCUUCUGACAGCACCUUCAAACGGUGCAAUGACUGGAACCAACUUCUACCAAGACGUGGUUGAGUUCACGUGUAAUGCUGGAUACGAUCUUGUAGGAAUUUCUGCAUUAACUUGCCAAGCUGAUGCCACAUGGAACGGAACUGCACCAACAUGCACACCUGUGGAGUGUCCAGUGCUGACAGCUCCUGUGAACGGUUCAAUCAGUGGAUCCAAUUUCUACCAAGACUGGGUACAGUUCUGGUGUAUUCCUGGAUACGAGAUUGAAGGAAGUUCGACCUUAGCGUGCCAAGUUGAUGCCACGUGGAGUGGGUCCGUCCCGAUGUGCAAACGUGUACAGUGCCCUCUGCUGGAAGCUCCGGCAAAUGGUGUAAAGACUGGUUCCAAUUUCUAUCAAGACGUGGUAACAUUCACAUGCUACACUGGAUACGACCUGGUUGGAACUUCUAGCUUAACAUGCCUUGCUGAUGCCACAUGGAAUGGAAACGUCUCAACAUGCACACGCGUGCAGUGUCCACUGUUGACAGCUCCUGUGAACGGUGUAAUGUCUGGCAACAAUUUCUUCCAAGACAUCGUAAGGUUCACGUGCGAUGCUGGAUACGACCGUGUCGGAACCUCCAGCUUGACCUGCCAAGCUGACCACACAUGGAACGGGAUGGUUCCAACCUGCACACGCGUGCAGUGUCCACUGUUGACGGCUCCUGAGAACGGUGGAAUGACUGGCCAACAUUUCUACCAGGACGUGAUACAGUUCACGUGCCAUACUGGAUACGAGCUUAUUGGGAGUUCCAACCUGACAUGUGGAGCGGACCGCACCUGGGAUGGGAUCGCCCCUUCCUGUACACGCAUUGAGUGUCCAGUCCUAAUAGCUCCUGUGAACGGUGGAAUGACCGGCUUCAAUUUCUUCCAAGACGUUGUGGUGUUCUCUUGUGAUUCUGGAUACGACCUUGUUGGAACCGUCAGUUUGACUUGCCAGGCUGAUCGCACGUGGGACGGGGUUGCCCCAACGUGCACUCGUGUGCAAUGUCCUAUGCUGUCGUCUCCCUUAAAUGGUGAUUUGACCGGCCCCAACUUCUACAUGGAUACUGUGCUGUUCACCUGUAACUUAGGAUAUGAGCUGAUCGGACAUUCCAGUUCCACCUGUCAAGCAGAUCAGUCAUGGAACAAAAACGUUCCCUCAUGUAACGGUAGGGUAUUCACCAACAUUGCAGUAAGAUAG